CACGAGGACCUGCAGAAGCUCUAUACAUGGACGGGCGUGGAGAACAAGCCCACAGUCUUCCUCUUCUCAGACAGUCAAAUCCUUGUAGAAGAGUUUGUCGAGGAUCUUAACAACAUCCUCAAUUCUGGUGAGGUACCGGGUCUAUUUGAUGCAGAGGCUCUGGAAAAACUCAUUAUUGGGACGCGACCUUUUGCCAAGGAGACCGGUAUUGCAGAAGGAAAUAGGGAGGCUAUCUACCGAUUCUGCAUUGAUCGAGUGCGCAAAAACCUUCACCUCGUACUUACCAUGUCGCCCAUGGGAUCGGCCUUCCGAAAUCGUCUGCGAAUGUUCCCAUCUCUGGUCAACUGCUGUACGAUUGACUGGUUUACUGAAUGGCCUGAGGAUGCACUUCUUGGGGUUUCACAAUCAUCGUUUGCCACUUUGGAUAUUGAUUCGGAGGAAACGAAGAACAAGGUAGCCGAACUGUGCACCUUUACUCACCUGAGCGUGUCUUCGGCAGCCGUGAGAUUUGUCCGCGAGUUGAAGCGCUACUACUACACUACUCCAACGAGCUACUUGGAGCUGCUCUCUACCUAUCGUGUCAUGCUUGAUGACCGCAGAAGCAACCUCAAAAUAAUGAAAGAGAAGUUUAAAAAUGGUCUGAACAAGAUUCAGGAGACCAACGAUUUGGUAACCCGCAUGGAAGAGGAGUUGACUGCUCUUCGACCCAAGUUGGAGCAGAAGCAGAAGGACACAGAAAAACUUAUGAUUAAACUGGGUGAGGAUCAGGAAAAGGCAGAUGUCGUGAGACAUAAAGUGAAGGACGAUGAGGCAGAUGCCAAACAGAAGGCGCUGGAGACGCAGGCCAUCGCAGACGAUGCCCAACGAGACCUCGAUGCCGCAAUGCCUGCCCUUGAGGCUGCUAAUAAGGCCUUAGAUUCCCUGGACAAGAAUGACAUUGCUGAAAUUCGUGUCUUCACGAAGCCACCUCAACUUGUGCAAACGGUCAUGGAGGCAGUGUGUCUGAUGCUGGGACAAAAUUUAUUGUCAUCUCAACAAUAUGAGCUCCUUUCUUGCAGGACAGACUGGACAACUGCUAAGACACUACUUGGCGACAGCAACUUACUGCGUAGAUUAGUUGAGUAUCCAAAAGACACCAUUUCGGACUCUCUGCUGAGGAAGCUUCAAAAGUACGUCGAAAAUCCGGAUUUUGACCCAAUGGUAAUUGAGAAGGUCAGCAAGGCCUGCAAAUCCCUUUGCAUGUGGGUGCGAGCGCUAGAAAUGUAUGCUCGAGUCUACAGGAACAUUGAGCCCAAACGAAGGCGGUUAGUUGAGCCCUGCAUUUUUUCUCUUCUUACUACCAGUAUGUGGGUUCUACUUUCAAUUCAUUGCUUCAGACUCGAAGAAGCCAACAGAGAGAUGGAUGUUAUGGUGGCCAACCUGCGCGAGAAGCAAAGCGCAUUGAAAGCAAUUGAAGACAAGAUAGCCGAGUUGCAAGCUACUUACGACAAGUCAGUGAGUGAGAAAAAAGUGUUGGAACACAACCUAGCAUUGACAGCUUCCCGUCUCAAACGGGCCGCCAAGUUGACUGCAGCUCUGUCAAGCGAGCAGGAGCGUUGGCGAGACUCUAUUGCAGUAUACGACGUUCAAUUGGGCAAUGUUGUUGGCGAUGUCUUCAUUGCGGCGGCCUGUGUGGCCUACUAUGGAGCCUUUACCAUGGAGUUUCGUGAGAGUUUGGUCAGCACUUGGGUUGCUAAGUGCCACGAGCUUGAGGUGCCUGUCAGCGAAAAUGUCGGUCUUUUUAGUGUCCUUGGAGAUGCCUUUGAACUGCGGCAGUGGAAUGCAGAGGGCCUGCCGAGAGACCAAAUCAGUACAGACAAUGGAAUUAUGGUAACACAUUCACGUCGAUGGCCGUUAAUGAUAGACCCGCAAGAACAGGCCAAUCGAUGGAUUCGUACAAUGGAAGCAGAGAAUGGGAUCCGUGUUGUCAAGCCAACAGAUUCGAACAUGUUACGGGUGCUGGAGUCCUGCAUAAGAGUUGGAUGUCCGAUGUUGUUGGAAGAUGUUGGAGAGAGUCUUGAUCCAGCACUGGAACCUAUUUUGCUUCGACAGACCUUUGUAAAGGGUGGAAGGCUGCUGAUUCGUCUGGGAGACAGUGAUAUAGAGUAUGAUAAGAAAUUCAAGUUCUACAUCACAACUAAGUUGUCAAAUCCACACUACAUGCCGGAAGUGUCGAUUAAAGUGACGCUUAUUAACUUCACCGUAACGCCACAGGGUCUAGAGGAUCAGUUACUAAGUGAAGUAACGCGUCUCGAAAGGCCAGAACUGGAGGAACAGAGGGUGGAACUGAUUGUUCAUAUAAAUGAAGACAAAAUUACCCUUCAGCAAAUAGAGGACAAAAUCCUGAAGCUCCUCUUUGAGUCUGAGGGCAAUAUAUUGGACAAUGAGGCUUUGAUCAACACCUUGAAUGAGUCCAAGGUGACAUCGAUGGAGAUCGCAAAGCGCUUGGUCGAGGCAGAGGCCACAGAGGCCAUGAUUUCGGCUGCUCGCUCACACUUCCUACCCAUCGCAGCCCGCGGCUCCGUUCUCUACUUCGUCAUUACUCUCCUCGCUGACAUCGAUCCCAUGUACCAGUUCUCUCUCAAGUAUUUCAUCUCCCUCUUCAAUCAAACUAUCGAGAAGUGUUCCCAGGAGGACGAGUCGGUGGACCGUGCUGAAGUACUCAUUAACGCCACCACUUUGGCCACCUACAACAACGUCGCCCGCGGUCUCUUCGCACAAGACAAGCUUGUCUUCUCCUUUAUGCUAUGCGCCAAAAUUCUCUUGCACGAGGGCACUAUUGCCCAAUCGGAGUGGGACUACCUCGUCUCCACCGCUACCCAGUCAGACCGUACCUCUCCACUCCAACCUGCGAACACGAUGAGCUGGCUUGGAGCACGUCAAUGGAGAGCCAUCUGUGACCUUGUUGAUGGACUGCCAGACAUUUUUGGCAGUUUGUUGGAGGAUGUCACUAAAGGUCGCAAAAUAGUUCUCAUCAUCCGCGGACCUCAAGAGGCUUCAAACGAAGGUCUCACGAUCACCCUCACUUCUCCUCCGGGCAACACUGGGAGCGAAGAGGGUGGGACAAACUGGGAUGAUCAUCUCAGUCUCUUCCAAAAGAUUGUCCUAAUUCGAGCCCUGCGUGAGGAGGAGUUUGUGACAGCAGUAACAGCAUUUGUGCGCGUGCAAUUGGGUCAAAAGUUUGUGGAGACACCGUCAAUAGAUUUGCCACUGGUCUACGCUGAUAUGGAUGCCGCUACGCCGUUAGUUUUUGUACUUUCUCCCGGCUCUGAUCCGAUGGCACAGCUACAAAGAUUCGCUCGACAGAUGGAAUACUCCGAGAGGAUACAUUCAGUCUCGUUGGGUCAAGGCCAGGGUCCCACGGCUGAGAAGCUGCUAGCCAAGGCAGCGGGAAGUGGUGACUGGGUGUUCCUACAGAACUGUCAUCUGGCAGCUUCGUGGAUGAUACGAAUGGAGGAAAUCAUAAAGGGGCUCCAAGAGUCGUCGGGAUCAACUGACCCUAACUUUCGUCUCUUUCUCAGCUCCAUGCCAACUAAGGCUUUCCCCAUCACUGUGCUGCAGAACUCUGUCAAGGUUACCAACGAACCUCCGAAGGGCAUCCGAGCAAAUCUUCGAAGAGCCCUGACCGACUUAUCCCGUGAAUUCUUCGAGGAAAGUGUUCUGGGUUCCAUUUGGCGCCGCGUUGUCUAUGGCAUGUGUCUUUUCCAUGCUGUCAUUCUGGAACGCAAGAAAUUUGGUCCUCUUGGCUGGAAUAUUCCUUACGAGUUCAAUGACUCGGAUCGUGAGUGCGCUUUGUUAAAUCUCAAUCUCUUUUCGGACGAGCAUGGUUUCGCAUGGGAUGCCCUCACCUACAUCACAGCAGAGAUAACUUACGGCGGUAGAGUGACAGAUGCUUGGGAUCAGCGAUGCCUGAGUGUAAUCUUGUCGCGCUUCUUUGGUAAAGAAACGUUGGCAAAGGGCUAUCGCUUUUGUCCCAACUCUGACCUCUUUCUUCCACCACCAAUGGAGAGCCUAGCAGAGUACCUGGAGUACACGGAUACUCUGCCGCUCCUCGACCCCACUGACAUCUUUAACAUGCAUUCAAAUGCCAAUCUUCUCUUCCUGCAAAAAGAAACAUCAAAGCUGCUGUCUACAAUUCUGGAUGUUCAGCCUCGCACCAGCGGACGCAAAGAGGGGCGCACCUCGGACGAGGUGGUUUAUGACCUGUCCGGCAGUCUACUCGCCGCGCUGCCCACCCCCAUCGCAUUGGAGAAGGCUCGUGCUGAUCUCUUCAACACCGACCAGCGAGGUCGUGUGAAUUCCCUUACCACGGUCCUGGUGCAAGAGGUUGACCGUUAUAAUCACCUCCUCAGGAUAAUCAAGGUGUCACUUGAACAGAUGCAGAAGGCGGUGAAAGGUUUUCUUGUUAUGUCAGAGAAAUUGGAGAAAAUCUACUCCUCCUUUUUGCUGAACACGGUGCCACGUCUGUGGGAGAACGCGGCCUAUCCUAGUUUGAAACCGCUUAGCUCGUGGGUGAAAGAUUUGGCACUUAGGGUGGAGUUUAUCAAUCUCUGGGUGCUCAAUGGCCCUCCCAAAUCUUUUUGGAUCUCCGGGUUCUUUUUUCCCCAAGGCUUCUUAACGGGCACACUGCAGAACUACGCACGGAGGUACAAUUUUCCUAUUGACCACCUCUCCUUCGAUUUCACCGUUCUGCCUCAGUACCGCAAUCAGGAGACGUAUGUCUUGCGCCAGCACGAACUGGCAUUCGGGGAUGAGCACCCAGAGGAUGCCAAUCUGGAGGUGCCCGAGGACGGUGUCCUGAUCCAUGGACUUUUUAUGGAUGGAUUCAGCCACACAUGGCAGGAUUCUUUCGUACUUUCUACCCCAAGAUGGAACGAUGAGACUAUGAUGAUCGCCGACCCUUUGCCAAGAGUGACCAUGGAGGCUAUGCCAAUGGUUCACAUGAAGCCGGAAAUGGACUUCAAGCUCGAGGCUGGUCGCUACAUCGCUCCACUCUACAAGACCUCCUCACGGGCUGGAGUGCUCUCCACUACCGGUAGGUCUUAUUAUCGUCGCGUUACGCACCUCAGCAUUAGUUUGGGGAUAAGUGUAUUACUUUAA